AUGUCCCAACGUCUUCGCAGAGGGCAUAUCGACCAUUUCAACACAAACAUGAAUUCGAUUGUCAGUUUAGAUAGAUUGUUGUUAGUGGUACUGCUCUACAUAUUUUGCUUCGCGGUUGAUACGACCUUGGCGGCAGGAAACGCUUACAUCGUGGUUGAGCUGCCAGAUAUUCCAUGUAAAGAUCCAUCGAGCGCCAUUCCUGCAUGUUCGGGUUCGUUAGACUACAAGAUACCAGAUUUCAGCAACGUCCCAAAUGCCGCCAACCUUUCAGAAGCCCGGAAAAUUAUUGCUGUUGGAAUCACUGUUUUUCAUUUAUUGGGCAACAAGGAAUGCAGUAGAGCCGGAACGAAAUAUCUUUGCGAAGGAGCGUACCCAUUUCGUUGCAAAGACGCUUAUGUCGAGGUUGAUCUCAAUGAGAUAGUCACUACAUGCAACGAAGGCAGAAAAGACUGUUCCAGUUUAAACUCGACUCUUCUGGAUUCGUUGUUCAAUUGCACUGAUCUUGCCAAUACUCCUUACUUGCAGCAGACAAAGAUUCCACGAAAGAUAUCUUGCAACGUUUUCCCUGUUCUCAAAAAUGACCCUUAUUCUUGCGAGGUUAACUACAAGGUAGGUUGA